AUGGCGGGUUGUUCUUCAAAUUUUGCUGUGGCUGGUGUUGCCAACGUGAGGAAAGAAGCCUUAUUUGGGAAUCUGGGAAAUCAGGAGUCAAAUUUGAUUAGGUUGAGUUUCAGGGGUGUGUCGAAGGAGGCUGCAUUUCAAGUUCUAUGUGGGAGCAAGGGUGGUAGAUCAUGUGUGCCUAUGCAAAAGAAAAAAAUGUUUCUUGUAAUGAGUAUGUCGCAGCCGUCCGCUGAAUCGCAAUCUGCUGUAACUUCAAUAGGAGUUUCAGAAGGGGGAAGUGAUAGUCUCCUGAGUAAGGACCAUGUGACUCAAGUUAAUGAGUCAAACUCCAAAAUUGAUAGAAAUGAUGAUAAUGGAGUUGUAUUAGAUGGCAGUGGUGGUAAUGGAAACUUUGGAAGUGGUGGAGAGAGAGAUGGAAAUGGUGGGGGUGGGGGUGGGGACGAUGGUGACAGUCAUGACAAUGAAGAGGAGGAAUUUGGGCCAAUUCUGAGAUAUGAAGAGGUAAUGAGAGAGACAGAGGCUCGUGGGACUACCCUUCCCUUAGACAUGAUAGAGGCUGCUAAGAGUGUGGGAAUCCCAAAGGAGCUUCUACUUAGAUAUUUGGACUUGCAGGGAUCCUUUUGGCCUUUAGGAUUUUUCAUAAGAUCGUGCUCUAUGCUUCGCAAUCGAAUGUUAGCUGAUCCAUCGUUUCUUUUCAAAAUUGGAUCAGAGAUUGUCAUUGAUACAUGUUGUGCUACUUUUGCUGAAGUUCAAAAGAGAGGCAAAGACUUUUGGGCCGAAUUUGAGUUGUAUCUUGCAGAUCUUCUUGUUGGGCUGGUUGUUAAUGUUGCAUUGGUAGGUAUGCUGGCACCCUAUGCUCGAAUCGGGAAACCAUCAAUAUCUAGUGGAUACCUUGGUAGAAUGCAGAAAGCUUAUGCAGCCUUGCCUAGCAGUGUAUUUGAAGCAGAAAGGCCAGGAUGUAGGUUUUCUGUGCAGCAGAGACUUGGAACAUACUUCUACAAGGGUAUAAUGUACGGAGCUGUUGGAUUUGCAUGUGGUAUUAUAGGCCAAGGAAUUGCAAAUAUGAUCAUGACUGCAAAGAGGAGCUUAAAGAAAUCAGAAGAGGACAUACCUGUGCCACCACUUAUAAAGAGUGCUGCUCUUUGGGGUGUCUUUCUUGCUGUUUCUUCCAACACACGAUACCAGAUCGUCAAUGGACUGGAACGUUUGGUUGAAGCAUCACCACUGGCAAAGCAGGUUCCCCCAGUUGCUCUGGCUUUCACAGUUGGUGUACGUUUUGCCAACAAUGUGUAUGGGGGCAUGCAAUUUGUUGAUUGGGCUAGGUGGAGUGGGGUGCAAUAA